GAUUCUCAGCUGUUGCAGACAGAAGAGAGGAACCAGAUUCUACUUGACCUUAAAAAAGCAGGAUGGUCAGAGUUAAAUGAGAGAGAUGCCAUCUACAAAGAAUUUGCCUUCAAAAAUUUUAAUCAGGCUUUUGGCUUUAUGUCUCGAGUUGCCCUACAAGCAGAGAAGAUAAAUCACCACCCGGAAUGGUUCAAUGUGUACAACAAGGUCCAGAUAACUCUUACAUCACAUGACUGUGGUGGACUGACCAGAAGAGAUGUGCAGCUGGCGAGAUUCAUUGAAAAAGCAUCUGUUUUUGUGUGAUUUCUUCUAAAAUGCAUGUAAAAUGUUAUAACCAUCUUAGCUGCAAUAUAUUUUGAAGGCAACUU